UUAAAUUUUUUUGGCAAAGGCUCCUGCAAAGCAGUAGGGACUGGGCCUACGAAGAUGGCAGCCGCAUACGUGUUUGGUUUUCUGCUUGUCUUUGGACUGGCUGGGGCUUUCCACCCAAUCCUGAGGAAUGAGCAACCAGCUUUCAUGGAAGACCUGCGCGGGGUCAGCAGCAGGAUCGUCGCCGGCUGGCCUGCAGUCGACGGGCAGAUCCCCCAUCAGGUCAGCAUCCGGAUGGUAAGCGCGGCCGGCGCCGUCUCAUCCUGCGGCGGCUCCGUCAUCCACCACAACUGGGUCAUCACUGCUGCUCACUGCGUGGCCAACCGCAUCACCUUCGUCAUCCGCUUCGGCCUCACCAACAUCACCCAGCCGCAGAUCAUCCUGGAGUCCACGCGCAAGUACAUCCACCCUGGCUACAUCGAGAUCCUGGCGGGAGUCCAGCCCGAUGACAUCGCUCUGGUCGGGAUUGACCAGCACAUUCCUUAUGGACCAUUCAUCCAGCCCUGCCGCCUGCAGAACUCGGAGGAUAAGAACCAGGACUACACCGGACACAGGUUGACAGUCAGCGGCUACGGAAUGACUGACGACUCUUGGAACGGUGGUACAACAUCCGAGAUUCUCUUAUGGACGUUCCUGCGAGGCAUCUCAAACGCCGAGUGCCGCAGCUGGUACAUCAGCGGCAUCGUCCAGGAUACGACCAUCUGUGCAGAGUUCUACAAUAACACUGCACAGUCUUCUUGUCAGGGUGACAGCGGCGGUCCCCUGACGAAGGUGGACGUAGAUGGCAAGCCUACCAUGAUCGGCGUCGUCAGCUUUGGAUCCACUGCGGGUUGCAACAGCCCUUGGCCUUCAGCGUACGUGCGCCCCGGCCACUACCACGACUGGUACGUGUCGGUGACCGGCAUCAACUUCGACUGGAAAACCGAGGACCUGAUUCCCGUAACAGAGGAAUCUUCCUAGGAAGACUCGUUCAUAAGUCCGGUCGCCGAGCGUCUAGAAUUUCGUCCAAUGACCCCAAGCUACCCAUCCUUAUCGCUCGCGCGUAAUUAUAUUGCUCUCGCAGCAGUGUUAGUGUGCGAUGGACGAAAUUCUACGUGCUCGGCGACCGGACUCUAGGCACUCUCUGAAGACGCAACGAUCAACGCUUAAAUUGAUUAAAACCGACUCGCAAAAAUUAAGCACUAAAAUAGAAAAAUACAUACAUAAAAACAAUACCAAUUCAACGGAGAACCUCUUCCUUUUAUUGAAGUAGGUAAAAAAAUUGUGUUUCAAGAGUAUUUUGUCUGUUGCAGAAUAUAGUAAACGUAAGCUUUUCCACCAAUAAAUUAAUUUUUUAACAUA